AUGGAGGGCACGCAGAAGCCACAAGUAAUGAAAACGGCAGGAGUAGAUCUAUUGGUCGGCAUCGCUGAGAUAUUGCUUGAGCUGCGCCGGGUGGUGGCUGGUGAGGCGCUCUAUGCGGCAGUGAACAACUUCAGGCGCUGGAAUCGCUCCGUUAGAAAGCCACUGGCAGUGAGUAGUUACUCGCUUUCUCCCCAGCAGGCGGAGGAUCUGCUCGGCCCGGUGGGGAUGCCGUCGACCCUCAUCCGGCGCACCUUUGACGCCUUCGCCAGGCGCCGACAACGUUCCUGUUCCUGGUCGCGGGCCCGAGGGGAGGCCCCGGGACGGCGGGUUGACGCCCUGGAGUUGUUUUCCGGGCUUGCGCUGACCUGCAGGGCAACCGUGAAGGUCAAGCUGUCGCUGCUGUUCUCGUUGUUCGACUCCGGCGAAACCGGUGUCCUCACGGUGGACGACCUUGGUGCGAUGAUUUCGUCUUGUGCGUCAUUUCUGCGCAACAUUGGACUGUGUCUCCCGAUCUCCGGCGACGAGGCCGCUUUUAUUGCAGGAGGCGCGUUCGGCCUAGAACAGGGGCGGAUAGUGGACUCUUCUAGCAGUGGGCUGAGGUGUGAUGCCGAUGAGAUAAGCCUGCCUGUCUUCCUAGCUUGGGCGCAGCGGGCGGAGUUGCCAGCUCGUACUCUGGAGCUGCUGGCGUUACCGCAUCGUCUUUCGAGGACUGUCGAUUUGCUCUUGGCCAAGGCUGACUCAAUGCUGCAAGAACGAUAUGUUCCCGGGAGAAAAAACACGAAGUAUUUCUCGAAAGGCAUCGAGAAUUCGACGGAGGAACGUUCGCCUACACGCGUAUCGACGCCAUUGACCCGCAAAACUAUUCUGGAACAGCAAGAGGUGGGAGAAGACAACGAUCGGCGGGAACACGACGUCAGCGUUGGCCAAGGGCCCCUUGUGCUCCCUCCGGUGCUGUGCGGGAUUGGUGCCCGUCUAGCCCAAAUUAUGCUCGAGGUAGGUGCGGGCGAGGCACAAUCCAUUGACGCAUUUCCCUGGUCGGUUGCGGUAUCAGUGGAAGAAAGGAGAGGGCCUCGCUUCUUUUUCGUCGAUUCACAAUCGGUUGCUCUUUGCCGUGGCGUGCCUGGGAUUCUUGUGCUUUCCGAGCUGAGAGCGGCGACAGACCAUCGCGUGAAGAUUUCUUGGGGCGUCGAUGACGACUCUGAAACCCCAAGGAGUAAGGUGGCACUGCAUAGGUUCCACGGUGACCAACACCGCAGGAUAGAGUGCGCAACACUCCGAUUUACCACACUCCCAGAAGACGCUGUGGUGAUCCACCCGGCCUCAGAAAGCAAAGAAUCGAUUCCGUUAAGGCAGGAAACCUAUCCAGGAAAGCACUGCACAAUCCUGGCGGAACGGCGAUGUAUCAAGCUGGUGAGAGUACCUGCUUGCUGCCGUGAAACAAACGUCCGCCCGCUUGAGGCACCUCAGCUUCCUGUGCCUGGACAGUCGAGCAAGUUGACAGACAACUUGUCUUACAGAGAGAGUGUUGCUGUGUUAAUCGAUUGCGGAAAGCGUACCUCUCUGGAGUCAGCCGACGACAACCGCGCGGUUGGUCCGCACUGGACAGCUUCGGCAAGAUCACGUGACAGAUCGAGCAACGAAAUGGGCUCUGAUGUGCUCAUGGAAACAUGGCCGCUUAAAUCGCCACGGAGCGACAACGUUCAAGUACCCCCCGCUGCAGCCGAACGAGCAGAUGUGCAUUCUCCCAAAGCCGUCUCCGACGUUGCCCCCAUCAGUGGGACGGUCUUGUACCAAACGGAGGCAUUCGGAGGAGAAGCGCCUCAUAGCGAACCCUGGGCUAAAGGAGGCGCCGCCCUGUCGAAUAACGUCGACCUCAUCGUUCACCUCAGUCCUGACUGGCGGGCGGUGCAGGUUGUACGGCGGUGCUUCCAUAUUUUGGAGCACUGUCAGUUCCAGAGCCCUUCGCUCAGGGAAGACGGGAGACGCAUGGUUUCCGCUGAGAUCAACACCGCCGUCAGAUCUCUUCUGUUCAAGAGUUUCCGGGAACAGUCGCGGGAGCAGGAUAGGGCGAGAAGGAGGUGCGCCCACAUGAUUCUGGGAGGCUUACAGAACCCUUGGCUGGGUGUCAACGAGGUCCUCAUGUCGGACGCAGCGUUCUGUCCGAGGAUUAGUUCUGACUACGAGAAAACAGACGGUACUUCCUGUUUCACGCGUUCUGCUUGUCUGGACGCUCGCCUCUUGCCUCAGAAUGAACUCAUGAACCACGUCGAAAGCCAUCGCACAAUAGUGCGCUCUGAAAUUGAGUUGGCCUUGCAAAAGUACCUCCCGAGGGAUGUGGAUGCCGGGGACAGAAUUGGCGAGAGUGCGAAUGUGCCGCCACCAAGAGCGUUUUCAACUGACGGGGGUACGAUGGUCAUCGGCGGUGGUUGCUUUCUGAUCCGCCCACCCAAAGCACCGCAACACGAAAGCGGAAUAUCAUCACCUGCUCGAGAUGAAGUCGAAGCAGUUGCUGGAGGCACCGAUGGUCCUUCAGGCAUUGCGGAGAGCGAUCACAAUGAAAGUACACAAGAGGAUAUUGUCCCAACAGCUUCCGCUGCAGCUGCAGCGGAAGACAAGGUGACUGCUGUACCAACCGACCCUCACCUACCCCUUGCCGGAAAAGACGUUACCAAUUCGACGGGAAGCAACCGUACUCCUCCGGACGUGACCUCCAACACAGACAUCCAUGAGGGCGGCCAAACUCUAGCCAAUAGCGACUCAUCUGCCACAGGUAUAGCGGACGACGGGGGUGGUCUUCCACCACGAAUCGAUCCGCUGCCGACAGCAUCCGCCUUGCAUGGCGAGUCAGCGCCGCCUGACACUUCUACCGAGAAAUCUCUCGUGGGCAAUGGCAAUCGAGAAAUCGAUUUCCAGUUGGCAGUCUCAGCAAGUCGUAGUCCUGCCGACAACGAUGGGGUCGGAGAAACCGAUAGGCAGAGCAAGGACACCUUGGCCCCACAGGCAGUGGCGAAAAACGCCAAAGAAACCUGUUCUCACGGUGAUGCUGUGACUGCUGAGGCAGAGGCUGUCGUGAGUGCAAAGCCGGGUAUAUCAACGGUGGAGACCGUGGUGACCUCGAGUACCAGCGGGCGGGCAUCGUUCGCCAUCGAUGAUGCCGACGACUCCACCGAAGCUAGAAGAAGGAAAUCGCAGGCUUCGCACGAAGAAGCGGCGAUCGCAGUAGUCGAUGGUUCAGACCAGCGAGUGGGAAACAGGGUUACAGCCGCGAGGGACAUACCUGAGGAGAGAACAGAGAAUACAACUGCAAACAAUUCGGCAUCGCCCAUAAAAAAGGCCGGGGAAGAGAGCAGGAUGGGUCUGACGGCCAACGGUUGCGGAGGAGACGAGCCUGGCGCGAAGCAAGACCCAAGCUUGCAGCAGAGCGAUGAAGCCUCCGACGAACGUUGCUUUAAUCCUGCGUUGAGAGGGCUCCUUCGAGACAUGACUUGCGCUGCCGAAUCGAUCGCCGUAGCCGCAAAGUGCCCCUUCACACUAGGUCAGCAACCAGGAGCGACAACGGUAACGUCUGGUUGCACGGGUAUUGUCUUCCUAGACGCUCCGCUAAUAACACCUGGUCUCCAACCACGGCGUCGCUUCGCCAAGAAGAAAGGCCUGGCACUUUCUCCAAUACCGGCGGACGGGUCGUCGCUUGCUGACGAAGGGGUUCGGCGCAAACCUUCUAUCCUCCAGAGCGUGGCAGUCUCAACGAGUGCCUCUGACGCCACCGCUGCUACUGCUGUUGCGGAGUUCAAGCGAGGUAGCGACGACUUCAACGUCAACACCUACCCAGCGGCGGAAGCUGCGGUUUCCGUUGAACCUCUGGACGAUGGUGAUACACAAAACGGUGCCGGUGCCGGCUCCUCCGACGAAGAUCAUCCGGCAGGGCUGGGUGAUCCAAUUGAAGUCCUCGAAGCGCUUCUGUCUUGGAUAAGGGAGGGAGGUUGCUCGGUGGGUGGACACCGAGAGGUUCUUUUGAUUUGUUGCGGGGGCGAUGACCCCCGGGACAAUGUCAAGGGUGACCGGAACGCCAAUGGUGUGGGGAACCAACAAGAAUCGGUUGACGACGAUCCUGGUGGGGCGUUCAAAGGCCAGGAGAAGAGCGAAAGCGAAGACAGCGCCCAUGAUCAUCUGGAUCAGGGCCUGCCUAUCAGUACCGAGGCAGAGGCAGGCGCGAAUGUGAAACGGCGAAGUCGCGAUGAAGGCGACUCCAUGCAGCGCAAGGUGCCCGCGGCAGUGGACAGGAUGAGAGGUUCUCCGAACAACGGUCGAAGCCCGCCCAACACCAUCGCGCCAUCGACACCCACUGGGCUCACACCGCCGCUGCUACCCCUCCCUCCAUCGGAGGUGUUGUUGCAGACCCGAACGGUUCCAAAUUGUGAGGGCUUGUCCCGGUUGGCGGUGGUGUUUCCUCCCCCUUCACCCGGCACGACUCCCGCAUAUGUCCCAUUGCAAGAAGGAAACGAGAAACGCUCCUCGGAGGGAACACUAGAAGGACAUCGUGUUCUACCACACCAGAUUGUUCCCCAUGCGGAAAAUGUGCGAGUACUGGUCGGUCCUGUGAUCGGUCGCGUUGGUCCUACCUCCGCCGUGGUGCUAGUUGAAGUUGGCGCAAAAUGUCCUGUGGCGGCGCGAAGGACAGCCGCAGCCGACAGGCAGCGGCAGGAGCUCACCGACGCUGACAAAACUCCGCCGGAAGAUGAUGUAGGGGUGCGAUUGGUGGACACGCUGACCAGUGAAAGCAGGGAGAUGUUCGGGGGUAGGAGGACCGGGGGGCAACCGGGAAUCGGCCCUCGAGUUUUUGAGUUUGAAGGACUCACGCCUGGCCGACGGUACACGCUUCGGUUGUUGGGAGUCCGGCGGCAUGAUCAGGUGGGCGAAAGUCCUCCCGCAAUGUGGGCAUUGUCGCCGCAAAUCGUCCCCAAGGAAGCGCUGGAGGAGAUUCUGGCCGACGUCCAAACGGCGCGGCCAACGGCAACAGCGACGCUCGCCAUCGGCGCCAUGGUGUCCCAGGUGAAUGCUUCGAAGAUUGGCAACGUGCUUUAUCCGCUGGUGAUGGCAGAGAAGGGAUCGGGAUCAAGCAAGCCCGAGGGGGUGCCUAUCGGAGUCCGAGCGCUGAACGCUUUUCGCGAAUUGUACCGCCACACAUGGAACGAUCCACAGACGGAGAUGCGCAAGCUACUCGCCAAUACCUCCACAACGCCCUGCUCGGUCGGCGCCGGCGACCUGCUGCUACCCCUGCUGAGAAGGUUUCCGUCCGGCUGGCUACCGCUGCACUCCGCCCCCGUGAACCCCGCGUACGGAAACCUCAAAGGCCCCAGGGCAAGGGGGAGCAUAACGAUGACAAGAAAAUGGAGCAGAAGAAGAGGCAGAAGAAGAAGGGUAUUGAUGAGGGAGGCCAGGGAGGUCUCGAGGUGCCAGCACGAGGGCGGGGGCGUCGCGGGAGCGCUGGGAGCCGUGGCCAAGGCCGCCUUGCAAGCCUCGAAGGAGUACCAAAAGGCGUUGUUGGGUGGUUCAGCGAACUGCAGUGGUGGUGGCGGUGGCGGAUUUGAACGCUUGAGCAACAUUGCCCGAGAAGAGAGCACGUGCCGGCCCCUGCCGACUUUCCAGCGGUGGGGGGCUGUUGGGGUGCUCAACAUUUCGGUCACAUCCUCGCAGGUUGGUUGGGCGCUCGGAGGACGCGACGCUGGGCACGGGCUGCUGUCUCGGGAGACGUGGGCGUGGCUCGAAGACUUCUUCCGGGCCUCCGAGCUAGGUUUGCAGGAGGGACCCGGUGUGAACACGCUCAUCGUCGCUACGGAUUCCCCGUUGCUCUGGCGGUCCGCCUCCUCCUUCUCCUCCUCCGUUGCUGCCGCCGCUGCGGCACGUGAACCGGCGGGUGGCGAAAAGGACCACCAUCUAGACGAAGGGGUCGGACGACGGCAACGGGCGCCGCCCGGUCGCGUCGACGGCGUCGGUGCAGGCGCGUGCGGGCAACGGGACGAAGAAAGGAAACGGUCGCCGUUCUCAGAUGUCUCACGGCAAGGUUCGCGAAACGCCCCUCCUCCUUCGUGGAGUGCGCAUCCCCGAGAGGUGGCGUCUCUCCUUUCGCUCCUGUUUUCAUGGGCAGCGGCAGACAGCUGCGAUGUCGACAAGGAUGCCCCAGCCGAGGCUCCUAUCACUACUGCCGAGAGGGAGGUGCCGGCCUCCACUGUUGCGCCCACCGUUGCAUCCGGUGCAUCGAGUUCCGGUGGCUCGAGUACCCAGGGUGCAUAUUCUCGGCGACGAAACCGAGCAGCUGCAGCAGGAACGGGGCAAGCACGAGGCGCCCGGGGGAGGGUCUUCUCCAUCGUGUGCCCCGCGACGCGGGUGCGGAUGAACAUUCAGAGUUAUGUGAAGGACAGGGAGACCGGAAGGGUGGCGACGCAGUGGUGCCUGGCCUCCAAGGAGACGGGCGACGAGGCCUGUAUUCCCAUGAACGGAAGCAUCGGUCCUCGCUUCUCCUUCACCCACUACCCACAGGGGGGCAAGGCCACCGGGCCGGGAGCAACGCUGGUGCGUCCGAUUCCCGACCCGUCCGCACCGUGCGUGAUGUUCCUCGGAAUGGUGGCUUUGGGGGGAGGGGGAGGCAGCGGCGAAGGCAGAAGUAUCGGUGGGGGUAGCGCCACCCGUGGGCCCGGGUUUGCGUUCGGUACUCUAGGACCGAUUCUAGGGGAGGUCGGCACUACUACAGCGCGGGUUUUGGUGGAGGUAUCGGUACCCAUGGAGCUGUGCAUGACUGUGCAAAAAUCGGGCAUCGCUAGGAACGGCAACGUGUCGCAGAUGAAGGGGCACAGGCAGCAGAUAACGAAAGUCAUUCGGAUCGCCCACAGACCCGUCGUGUUCGAGGUCUCCGGCUUGAUCGCCGACACGAGGUACGAGCUCGACUUCUGGCCACUGGCGAACGCAAAUGAAUUCCGAGCUAACCUCCGGACGAGACAGCUCCGACCAUCCAGCUUCAGGAUAGCCGCCUUCGGCGGCUCCCGACACCCAUUCGGGUUCAUCGCCCCAACCGUAACCGCCUCCGCUGCCGCCGUCUCUGCUGGAAGACGAAAAGUCGCCAAUUACAAUACAGGGCGUGAUACCGCCGACCCGGACAGCAGGGCCGGUGAAAAUACCGCCUCUCCCGAGAAAACUCUUUUGGUGCGAGAGAGGUGGCCCUUCUGUGCGUUGGAGGCCGGAGGAGGGCUCAGGGUCAUUGGCAGUGGUGUUGACGGAAAGGAUGCUGCUAUCAGCCGCCCAGAGUCCAACCGCGUGGCUGCGGCCAAGACUGAGUCAGAGAGAGCCCGGAAGCACGACAGAGAUAGCGGCAGUGGAGGCGGUGGUGGAGAUACGGCAGGGCUGGGGUGUGCGGAGGACUUCGGAGGGGGAUGGAGGCAUCCAGUGUCGACGUCGUUGGCGAUGGGGUUGUUGACGAACGGACCUUGCCUCGAGGAGAUGUCGCGCGAAAGGGACGAGGUAGCCGAGGUCGCCGAACACUUCUCCCAGCACGCACGGUUGGGGGGGGUGGAAUUCCCUUCGAAGGAGGCGGUCGAUCAGUCUGCGCCGAUGGAGGCGAGCGGCGACAAAGUCGGGCGCUCACUUCUCGUGCGACCGCCGCAGCUUCCGGUAGAAGACCCGAUGGCUCUGGGAGAGAGAGACGAAGAAGAUAUCUCCCAGCUGGAGGCGUUCAUAAUCAAGGACCGCAAGAGGGACGACGGCGACUUCCGCCACCGCCGCAUCGAAGAACCUCCCCUCGCGAUCCACACGCAACUCCUGGAAGACGAAGGAAAAGAAGAUGGAGGAGUGCCGUCUCACGGCGGCCCGGGUCCCGAUAGUGAUAGGGGCGACGAUGCAAGUGACAGUGAGGACGAAGAUGCAGGAGGUGGUGAAGGCAAUGGAACCAUAACCAAGCGGUUUGAUGAUGAUCGUGUUGAUGGCGUGGACGGAGCAUGGGAGCUUGUUGCGGAAGAGGUGGGUGGCGGAGCGCGUGCGAGACCCGUAUCGUGUAGCAUGGGGGCUUCCGUGGGCCAAAGCGGUAAUGGCGAGUGCGCCCAAUACUUUACUCGCGUUCACUCCAUUGGUGAGUUUCUACAAGAAGUCAUUCCAUCCGUUUUCGAGGGCGCUACUGUGCCGCGUCAACGAGCCUCCACCGACGGCGGGGGGGUUCGUCAUUUAGACCACCCCGCUUGCGUAGCCCGAGUUCGAGAGGAACGUCUGCGCGCCUGGGUUGAAUAUCAGACCGCCCUUGCCCCCGGAGGCGGUAAGACCACCAAGAAAACUCCGGCCCUCGACACGGUAGCAAGCGCGAACGACAAGAGUGGCACCGACGGCGGGGGAGGGGGCAGUAGCAGCAAGAGCGACAAGAGGGAGACGGACAGGGGGUCAUACCAGGAGUACGGCGGGGUCGGUGUGCUUAUGCUCGAUGUGUGGGGCAACCAAUCGUGGAGGCUCGACGAGGCAGGGAUGGCAACGGCCAAGGGAGGCGACGCCGAAGGCCCUGGGUUUCACCCUAAGGCUCUUCUGUCGAAAAAGGCCCAGGCCCCACCCCUGAGUGAGGCUGAGCAGAAGAGCAGAGAUAAAGCUCUCGACUUCGCCAAGAAGGAGCUCAAAAAGCUUGGCAAGGCCGGACAGGCGGAAAUGAAGAGAAUGGACGAGGAAGAAAAGGAGUUGCUCGAGAAGCUUUUCGACUGGGCGAGCGAGGGGGCCAUGCCCACCAAGAAGAAGCAGCCCCCGAGGAAGCGGGAGAUUGUCCUCCUUUGCGGCGGGACGGGGCGCACCGGGAUUUCAUUCACCCAGCUCUGCGUCGGGCGCGUGUCAGACUCUACGGUACCCUGUCCCUGGCCGCGGGCAGCGGGGUCCGUCGGUGACCGAAUCGUAUUCACCCACAGCCCCAUCCAGCACGUGAGCCCGCAAGCUUCCUGUGAAACCGACGCCCACCGACUAGGGAAUAGCAGCGACGGCAGCAGCGGCAGCAGCGGCGGCCGAAGCAAGUCAAGCUUCGCCCUUAUUACUGUCUUGUCCGAACCACUUGAAUCAAGCCUCACGGCGACUUUGGUCCAGCCGCCCGGUGGCGGCCACGCCAAGGCCCCGCCAUCGCGCUCGGCAGACAUGGAGAACGAGUUGCUGGGCGCGGGUGUUGUUUCGCCACGUCAGGAACAGUCCGACGAGGAGGGCGAUGGGGACAGCGAUGACGUGGCCGUCAUCUUAGGCCCUGUGGUGGGGAGGGUGGAGGUGGUGAAACAGUCGGGGACCGUGCGAGAGAGCUGCCGAGUCCCCGUGUUGCUCGAGGUGGACCGAGAGGGAGAGGUUACGUGCUCUCUGACGACCCCAGACAGUUCUCGUCCAGACCUCACCCUGGUGGCCGUAUCUCACGACCGUCCUGGGGAGCUUCUCCUGGAAGGGAGCGAGACAAACAUGUGGAGUGCCCUGGGCGAGCGGCUACGCUCACCGUGGCAAGGCGUGGAAGCAGUCCUCCACCUCGGCGGCCAAGUGGAUCUCUCAAACGCUUUCGAGGACGGUAAGAUCUGCCUGGAGGAAAUUGGGAAACGGAGAAAAGCCGGAAAGGCGUCGGAGCGGGAAGAGGUGUCGACGAUGGAGUCACUGAAGGAGAGGUUCAGGGAGGAGUACCGUAAGGUGUUCUAUGAAUACCAGAGGCAGCUUUGGGAUCCGUUGUGGGGCUGCCCGUUUCAGGUCGGGGACAACGAGUCGUUGUACACGACGUUCCUCGGGGGUAGCGUAAGCAUCUUGUAUCUCGAUGCGCUCGAACUCUCUCCCCAAUGGGACUACGGCGGCGGUAGCAGUAUUGGCAGCAGUGCAGCCAGCAAGGAGGGUACCGGUAGUAAAACAGUAAGCUCACUGUCGACUCCGGAUUUGGGGGCUACUGCUGAGGCACGAGACACGGGAGAAGGACGAAGACCUUCACGCACAGAGAAACCAUUUAUUGGGGAUUCUCAGUGGCAGCGCUUGAGGAAAACCCUCGAGCAGCAGGAAGAACUUGUGACACUGAUCGUGGUGACAGAAACCCCCAUCGCCUGGCAUGACACCGAGGCGUUUGUAGCGGAGACAAAGGACGCGGGCACCGGUGGCAACGCCAGCGGCAGCGACAGGCCGGCAUCGCACCUAGAAGACCACUGGGCCUCGCGGCCCGUCCAACAGCGCGCUCUCCUCUUGCGCCUGCUGCGAUGGAAGGCCGAUAACGGGGGCAAGGAAGUCGUCCUCCUCGCCGGGGCCGGGCUCGCCGAAGGCUGCACCGCGGCGGAAACCAGGCUCGAGUACAAGCUGCCCGCUUUGCCGCAGCCGUUGUCGAAGAGGAAGGGGCAGGAAGCAGGGAAGAAGGCGGACGGUGGUGGGCAAGUGGACGAAGAAGACCAGAAACAGGCCCAGAAGAGCGCCAAGCGCCGCCUGAUUGGAAUCGAGCAGGUUUUCGUGAUGAAGAGCCUUCUAACAUGGUAA